AUGGAGGCUUCUACAAACGGUUCCAGCUUUGGGAUCGAUUCCUUACUUUCCCACCGACCCGGGAGUCCCGUCACAUCGAAAGGGGACAGUUUGGUCGGGGAAUGCCGGUCACCGCUGGAGUUCAGCCCGAGGUCUGACAUAGAGAGCGGCUGCUCGUCCCCCCCUUCACCGAGGAGAGAGUGCGUGGACGAAGUAUCACAGAGACCGGGUCACGGUAUCGCUCUGCCGCCUCAUCUCCAGCACGGACAGAUCUCUGCGGGCUCGCAACCGCGAACCGUAACCUCAUCUUUUCUCAUAAGAGACAUUCUAGCAGACUGCAAGCCGCUAGCCGCGUGCGCCCCGUACUCGAGUAAUGGGCUGCCAACUCAGGAGACGGGCAGACUGGCUUCUAAAAUAGCAGACGACUUCAUGGACAAAAUCCAUAGCAACUCAUCUUCCGACAGCGAAUACAAAGUAAAAGAGGAGGGAGACAGAGAGAUCUCGAGCAGCAGGGACAGUCCACAUCAGGCCCGGUUGAAGAAACCCCGGAAAGCGCGAACGGCCUUCACCGACCAUCAGCUGGCCCAGCUCGAGCGCAGCUUUGAACGACAGAAGUACUUGAGCGUGCAAGACCGGAUGGAGUUGGCCGCUUCUCUCAACCUGACAGACACGCAGGUCAAAACCUGGUACCAGAACCGGAGGACAAAGUGGAAGAGACAGACGGCAGUUGGACUCGAGCUGUUAGCUGAGGCGGGAAAUUAUUCUGCACUACAGAGAAUGUUUCCAUCUCCAUACUUUUACCCCCAAAGCCUGAUGUCAAACCUGGAUCCAUCCGCUGCUCUAUACUUGUACCGAGGCCCCUCGGCACCCCCGCCGGCUUUGCAACGACCUCUAGUCCCAAGGAUUCUUCUGCACGGUUUGCAGGGGGGCAGCGAACCGCCGCCGCCACUCCCCCAGCUCUCCGGUGUGAUUCCGCGGCCAACUCAGCAGCGGUGA